AUGAACAGCACCCCAGGAGACACAAAGGAUGUUCCUGCCCCAAGCCGCCGGCAGUGUCUUCUGCCUUCUGUGGCUCACACUCCCUCUGUCACCGAGGUGACACCAGCUAAGAAGAUAACCUUCCUCAAGAGAGGGGAUCCCCAAUUUGCUGGGGUUCGCCUAGCUGUUCACCAGCGUACUUUCAAGACCUUCAGCGCCCUAAUGGAUGAGCUGUCUCAGCGCAUGCCUCUUUCCUUCGGAGUGCGCUCUGUCACCACCCCCCGGGGCUUACAUGGCCUCAGUGCCCUGGAGCAGCUGCAAGAUGGGGGCUGCUACCUCUGUUCAGAUAAGAAGCCCCCUAGAACUCCCCGAGAGCCAGGCCGGCGGCAAAGGAAAAGCCCCUCUGCUGGACAGUCACGGGGGUUUGAAGGUGGCCAUGAAGCUCCAGAAACAUCCUCUUCCUGGAAGGGACUCAUGCCCCCAAGGAGGCUGACACUGGUGAAGAAUGGGGAUCCUAGAUGCCAGCAGACAGUGGUUCUCAGUCACAGGAACACCAGGAGCCUGAAGGCCUUCCUCAGCAAAGCCUCGGAGCUUCUGCACUUUCCCGUGAAGCAGGUGUACACAAUCAGCGGGAAGAAGGUGGACUCCCUGCUGACACUCCUCGAUGGUCCCUCCCUGCUGGUGUGUGCUGGGAAUGAGGCCUUCAGACGUCUGGAGAUGGAAAAUGUUGGAGGGGCCAGGACAAGAACCUUAUCUGGUGUGACUGCAAGGAGUGGACGUGGUGGCUGGGGACCAAAUGCCAAGCAGAGUGUGAUGCAUUCGAGGGCCAGGUCUGGCAGCAGGCCGCAGCAGGUGUCCUUGAUGUCAGAGAGAUCUGGUCUCAGUAACCAUACAGCACUGGGUCAUCAAGACUGGGGAGGGCCUGCUUUGGACAGGCGCCCUCAGGACACACCUGCUCCACAUGGCUCUUUGGUGGCUGCUGAUGAUGUGGAGAAGAAGGUCUGCAUGAACGAGGAUGGCAGCCUGUCUGUGGAGAUGAAAGUCCGCUUCCAACUUCUAGGAGAGGAUACCCUGCGGUGGUCACAGAGGGUGGGGCAUACCAGUGUCUUCACUCCAGCCAGUGGGGAAGGCCAGGUCCUGAGGGAGGCUGAUCCCUUCUGCUGUAGACAGGAAGGCUACCCCUGGGGGUUCUUGGCACAUGGGGCUCAGGGACUGGGCCCCUAUGAUGGAGGAUACCAGGGAGUCUUUAAUUUGGACCAGGAAUCACAGCCCAACUAUGACAUAUGGAGGAACCCCCUGACCACCCCUGGGGGUACAGGUCAAACUCGAAGGAGGAGGUGGGGCCUGUCUAAGCCCUCUGGAUGCAGGAGCCACUGCAGCCAGGUGGCCAAUGAUAGGAAAGGACAUGGCAACAAUAAUGCCAGCCCAGUCUCAAGUCCCAGGCACCCUAGAAGUGCCCAGUCAGGCCCCUGCUGUCCCUGGACAACAGAAGGUGAGACAGACAGUGACACCUUGCAUCCAGCCUCCUCAGCCUCUUCAAGUGGGGUUGAGCUAGAAGCUGAGAAGGGCCCCUGCCUAGCCACAGGACCCUGUGGCUUGGGACCUGAGACCCAAGGUAUAGAAAGGGCCCUUUCUGAUACAUCAGUCAGUGCUGAGUCUCACGAAGGGUCCAGUGAGUGUGGUGGCCAGUGCCACAGAGGCUCAAGUCAGGUGAGGGUCAUGGUUUCCCAGGGGCAAGCCACCCAAGGUAUUUCCACCCAGAGCCUCUUAUCUUUGAGCCGCAUGGAUUUUCAGACAGAGCAGUGUAAUCGGAGCACCAGGGACCAGGAAGCCAGAGGUGAGCCUGACCUGAGGCUGCCCCUGGUUCCAGGCUGUUCUGGCUCUUCAGACGGUGAGAGAGGUGCUCUCUCAGCUCCUGCCAGUGCCCCAGCCCAACAAAGGCAGAAAAAGCAGAAGAGGCCAGUUAGUAUUGUAUGCUUGCCUGAUGUCUCUAUCCCUUGCCAAGGGGCUCAGAAAGGCCAUGCCAGGCAGUGUCAUUAUUGUAGGGACACUCAACCCUCACUGGACACAGCCUUGCAGAUGCCAAUGCCUCAGGAAGGAGAACAGGCUUGCCCAGGAGGCCCCACACCACGAUUUCCUCCAAACUCACCCAGUGCUGAAAAUCAAGCCUCCGGGCAUCUUAGAUCACCAUUCUCUAGGUCUCUUGACUUUCAGGACCCACAAGCCACCAGCAAAGCCAACAUCAUACCCACCAGUGACUCAGACUGUGCUUCCAGCUUUUACCAUCCUAGCACUUGCUCUGCAGAGCCAGCAGGAGACACUGAGUGCCAAGCUCGCCCUCCAGCUCCCACUCCUGUUCACAGGGAAGAGGUUGGUUGCCUGUGGGAAGAUGCAGGGACCACCCCUGAGCCUUUCUCACCCUCUGUUUUGCUGGACCCAUGGCCUGAGGUAGAAGAUCCUGGAACCCACCAAGAUUGCUGCUGUUUACAGGUUGGAGCAUCCUCUGUCCUCAUAGUCCCCACUGGUCAAGCACAGGCACCCAUCUCUGAGGCCUGCUGGGGGACCAGCAGCUUCUGCCCAACUCCCCCACAGGAGCAAACAUGUUCCAGAAAUGAUCCUACAAGCAGCAGUGGUCCCAGAAGUGACCAUAAUCAAGCUGAUGGCCAUGAUGAGCCCAGGAAGACUCUGCUGGGGAAGUCCCCUGGUACCAGGGGAAGCCUUGAGGAGCAGGCAGAUGGUGGUGUGACACCCACUGCUCUGCCCCACACCUCUCCAGAUGCUGUGGUUCGUGAGUGGCUAGGCAACAUCCCAGAAAAGCCAGUACUCAUGACAUGGGAGAUGGAAGGUGAGAGCACAGAGGUGGCCAGCGAUGGCCCAGAAAGUCCUGAGGGGGACCUUGGUGAUGACUGUUAUUUGAAAGCCCUGAGGGAACUGGCUCAGGCCAGACAGCAGCCCCCAGAAGGGGUCACUGAUGAGCAGCCAGAGCCAACAGGAGACCUCCCAGGGUCUGGUCCUGAGUACUACAAGCCAGGAGGUGACCCCCAUCACGAUGCAGCAUCGGGUGAAGGAGUCAAGGCCCCCGCAGAAGCUGGAAUAGGAGAGGAGACCACUGUGGACCAUGGUGUGAGCCUAUAUGCGCUCCCCAGCAGGGUCUCAGCCUCCACACAGAUCAUGAAGGCCCUGCUGGGCUCCAAGCCAGACCGGCCCAGCAGUCUACCAGAGAUCUCUAGCACAGUAGCCCAAAGGCUCAGCUACUCUGCUGGGGCCCUCAUUGCCUGCCUUGCCAGGCUCCAUUUCUUUGAUGGCAACACCAGGCUUGAAGAAUCCCCUAAGUACAAGGAGAUGCUGAACAUCUCCCAGGCCUUGUGGCCUGGGAGUGAGCUUGGGCAAGCCCAGCUGGCCAUUGACCUCAGGAAGCUCUCUUCACACCAGGCUCUGCUGGGAACUGAGGACUUCACACCUACCUCCUCCUCUGGUGUGGAUGUCAGCAGUGGCUCUGGAGGCUCCGGUGAGGGCAGUGUGCCCUGUGCCAUGGAUAAUACCCUGGCUCCGGACAGGGUAGAUUUACCCUUGAAAAUCCCCUCUCAAAGACCCGAUUCCGGGAACCAGGGGUACCCAGGGGUACUGAGUCAUUCCACAGCCUCAUCUGGCUCCCAGAUGUGGCCUUGUGCCACCAGUGGGCAGGAGUCAGGUAAAGGUGGCAGGAACCAGAAGUGGAGCAACACUCCAGAACAAUCCAUCCAAAGCACAACGCUGGAAGAGGAGGCACAAUCAGAAGAGAAAAAAGGGAGAGUAAAAGAGAGGCUACAGGGAGAUGGAGUCCAUGGGAAAGGGCUUCCAGAAGAAAGGUCUGGAGUCUGCAGUCAGGAAAAGUUUCCCGCUGGCUCCUGGGACAGGGAGAGCUCACCAGAAGACACCAGAAUGUCAAAAGAUGAAGCAGGAAGAGAUGUUGCCUCCGGAGGACUAUGGCCCCUAGAUGGGAGAGAGGAACCCACAGAGUCCCCUUGCCGUUUCCGUGAGAGCAACUCAAACACUAAUGAGGGUCAAAGUCUUCACGUAUUGGAGCUGGGGUUGGAAGGGAAGUCCAGAGUGGCUGCAACGGGCAGCGAGCAAGCAGGUAUCAAGGCCAGCUCAAGAACCAGGGAGACAAACACACCCAUUGCCCACAGGAGAGCUCUGGACCCUGACCCCAUCUGGGUGUCCAAGCUGCUGAAGAAGGUAGAGAAAGACUUCAUGGCUCACCUGGCUGGUGCCAUAACUGAACUCCGAGCCCGAUGGAACCUUCAGGACAACAGCCAACUGGACCAGAUUGUGACUGAGCUGGAGCAGGAUGUGGGCCGACGGCUUCAAGCAAGCACUGUCAGGGAAGUGAGGAAGAUCCAGAGCCGGGCAGGGAGGAUGGUCCCAGAACCUCCCCGGGAAGCCCUCAGAGGUCAGACAUCUCUACAGACAGCACUGCGCAGGCGUCGCCUUCAGGGCCUGAGAAACUUCUCAGCCUUCCCCGGCCAGGGUGCCCCCUCCCUCGCCUUGGAGGAUGGGUCCACUCUCAGCACAGCCUUAGGGACCAGGCCAGGUGUGGGGGGAAUGGGGGAUGAGUUCUGUCCCUGUGAAGUCUGCCUGAAAAAGAAGAUGACCCCUAGAUUCCCAAAGGGUGCAACAGCAGUCUUCAGCGCACCGGUCCGAAAGGCCUUUGACUUACAGCAAAUUCUACAGAGCAAGAAAGAAGGUAGGAAUGGAGAGGCCAUGGAGGUGCCCCCCCAGAAGGCAGGGAUGAUGUUGCCUCAGGAGGACCCUCAAACUGUCCAGGGAACUCAUCAGAAGCAGGAGCUGAGGUUGGCCCCGGGGUCUGGGGCAGAUGAGGAAGAAGAGGGGAAAGGGAGGCAGAGGCUGAGAGGAGAGGAGGACUCUGAGUUCUUGAAAGCAGGAGCUGGUUGCCAUGUUCCAGAAGAGGACGCAGCCACUGCAAGAGAAGGGGAAAUCCACAUCAGUGCUGCACAAGAAAACCAGCAGUUAGAGGAGUGUAUGACUGAGGAAGAAACCCAGCACCAGAGCUUUAGAGAAGGAGAUUCUUGGGAGGCUUCAGGAAGACAGGGUGAUGAUGGUCACUCUGUGGAGACUCGGGAUGCUUCCAGAGAAAGACAGUCAGAGGUAGAAGGAGGAAAUCAAGAUGAAAAGGAGAAUGGCCCUUGGGGUAGUUCUGGAGAGAGCCAGAGGAGGGCAGUUUCUAAAAACAUCAGCCUAGACCAAGAGGGGAGGCUCUACAACUACCAUAGAAGGCCAGGCCCCCAAUGCCACCACACAGCACACUCCUCCAGGGCAUCAUCUCUGGGCAUCUGCUCACAGGUGUCUCAGAAGAGCUCAGAAGAAAAGUUUUCAAGUGGAGAGCUCAAGUUCACCAAGGCCAAGAACAGCCGGGUAUUGCAUGCAGAGAGAGAAGGUACCACGAUGUACCCAGAGAGUUCCUCAUCUGAACAAGAAGCCCCCUCCAGCCCAAGAUCUCCAAAGCAGAGGGAAGGAGAAGUCUGUGGUGUGGAAGAUGAAGAAACAGCUGGAAGCUUAGUUUGUACCCAGGUCAAGGGUAGGGUAGAUGGCAUUGGUCAGGACGAUUUAGAUUUCUAGACAUCAAAUGAUAGGAUAGCAAUGAGUCUGAGUGAUACCUGCGUAAAUAUAGUACCCAUGUACCCAAGAGAGGCUCAAGCCACUGGGGAUG